AAACUUAUAUGCAUCAUGAAAACUCACAAGUUUUAAACACGGCUUUUGCAUUGAUUGCUUUAAUGGCAGGUAAAUAUCCAAAUGAAGAGCCUAUUCGACGCGGUAUCCAGCUUAUUAUAUCACGACAAUUGCCAACUGGAGAAUGGAAAACAGAAUAUGUUGAAGGAAUAAUUAACAAUAUGAUGAUUAACCCCACUUCUGAAUUAAAGAAUAGAUCAGCAACUUUAAAGUUUCUAGGCUUGUCUAAAUUCAAAUUGAUGCUUGUAUUCUUGAACUAA